CCCUCACUGAAGGCGAACUUUUCACUUUGCUGCCUGCACAGCUUCAGGCUGUUAAAAAUACUAUCCCUCCCGCUGCUCCUAUCCAUCUUCACCAUCCAUCUUUAGCCGCAGCUUGUCCUCCCACCAUCUACCGCUUGUCAUUCGUCAUCCCGGCAUCCGACAUUCACAAUGGUUCGAAACAUCGUCGUCCUCGGAGGGAGCUCCCACCCCCAGCUCACCGAGACAAUCUGCAAUCACUUGGGAAUACCUCCGUCCAAGAUCCUCCUCUCAAAGUUCGCUGUCGGCGAGACUCGAGUUGAGAUCAUCGAGAGUGUGCGUGGUAAGGAUGUCUUCAUCAUCCAGUCCGGUGGUGGAGGUAAAGUCAACGACAACCUCAUGGAGCUCCUGAUCACCAUAUCGGCCUGCCGCACUGCCUCGGCAAAACGUAUCACCGCCGUUCUACCUCUGUUCCCGUACUCGAGGCAGAGCGACAUUCCCUACAAUAAGACCGGAGCACCUCUUGCGAAGGUCCCUGGCGAGCGCAGCCGGAACAAUACAUACACGUUCGACAGCCGACCCCAGACGCCAUACCCUGGACAGCAAGAGAGUCAAGGACUGGGCAAUGGCACGCAAGCCCUCACCCGACAGCUCUCGCGCAUGAAGACUGAGCAGACAAAUGGUGUCCCAAGCUCUCCAGUUAAGAGCACAGCAGAGGGCCAACCCCCACGCCGAAGCGACACGAUCGACUCCGCUAGAUCUGACAAGUCGAAUUCCACCAAAUCUGAUGGCUACUUCAGCAACGUUAAUGGCGUCAAUGGAAUUGCAAAGCCCACCACAAAACCUCCGGCAUUCCAGCCUCAACCGGGCUACAAGCAAUGGGUUGCGCAGGCCGGCACCCUCAUUGCAGAUCUGCUCACCUGCGCUGGCGCUGAUCAUGUCAUCACCAUGGACCUUCACGACCCACAAUACCAGGGCUUCUUCGACAUCCCUGUUGACAACCUUUACGGUCGCCAUUUGCUGCGAAAGUAUAUCCAAUUCAGCAUUCCGAACUACCAGCAGGCUGUGAUUGUGAGCCCGGACGCGGGAGGUGCGAAGCGAGCUACUGCCAUUGCAGACGCGCUGGGUGUGCCAUUUGCACUGAUUCACAAGGAACGUCGACCUACGCAGAUCAACGACCGCCAAAACGCCACGAUGAUGCUUGUCGGAAACGUGAAGGACCGUACGGUCAUUCUCGUUGACGAUCUCGCAGAUACUUCGAACACGAUUACGCGUGCUGCCAAACUCCUGAAGAAGGAGGGCGCAACCAAGGUCUUUGCGCUCGUUACUCACGGCAUCCUGAGCGGCGAUGCCAUUGACCGGAUCAACGCAAGCGCGUUGGACAAGGUCAUUGUUACGAACAGCGUGGACCAGACCGAGCACUUGAAGCGGUGCCCCAAGUUGGAGGUCCUCGAAAUUGGCAAUGUCUUUGCCGAGGCUAUCCGACGUGUGCAUCACGGAGAGAGCAUCAGCGUCUUGUUCGACUAUAAUUGAAGCAGCAGCCAAAGGUGCCAUGGCCCGCCCGCAGCCAGCGGGGAGUAGUAAUUUGGAUAGACCAGUAGACACGACCACACCCAGGCGGUAUAAGGUGAGAAAACCUUCCCGGAAAGGCAUGAUCCAAGCCUCGGGAACGUUAUAGAUCAGGAGCGGCCCUCCCCCCAAAACCAAACAUCAAAUAUCCAACCAUGUUCAUUGCACUUG